AUGACACUAUUGACGGAGCUUCCCCCGGAGAUACUGCACAAUAUACUGCGGUUCGUCAAUCCAGAAGACUUGGCCUGGAUUUCUCGCAUAUGCAAAACGCUAUGCUACUCAAUCAAGGACAACCCGACAUUGUUUCGGGAUGUCUACCUGGCCCAUCUCGACGAGCCCCGGGCCGGCCAUGACGUCGAUUGGGAGCGGGCCCUCAAGGCGGCUGUCAGGUUACAGACCGUAUGUCGUCGAACCAACAUUGAGGAAAAGAGGAACGAAUUAGCCUUCGUGUACGAGACCAUCAACCAGCUUCUCCAGCAUGCCUCGUCCUCGGGUGAGCGGGCCAGCGGCACCGCUACCCAUGCACAUUCGCGCAAUGCCACGCUGCUCGUCAAGCUCUUUGCCGACGACAGCAACCGGAGCGCAUUUUUACAACGCUCUUUUCUCUACGAGCGCGCCCGGGGCGAGCUGCCGCGCGAUGCCCCCUUUGCCUCCCCGCCCCGGACCGAGCACCAGCAGAGCGCCAAGCUCCACUGCUUAUACGGCGUGCCGCUCCUCCACUUUGGCCGGAGCCAGUAUGAGACUCGCUCAAGCGUCAUGGGCCCCUUUGCCUGCUCCAAAGUCUACGACCUGCGACAGUACACCGAGCGAACUCACUGGGGCCCUUUUAUGGAUGAUGGAUCCAACAGGACGGACUGGGAAAAGGUCGAGGCCAUCAUGUUAGUGUUGGGGUCUAACCUGAACCGCUUGGGAUUGAACAGGUUCCCAAUCUGCAAAAACUUUUGGGACGUUCCAUUUGCUGGGGUUUGGCCUGGCGCGUAUAUGCCGCUACCCAUUCUGGAACGUGAGAAAGGCAGCAACAAGGAGGGGAGAGAUCAGCUCGACGACCCUUAUGGAAUUACGGGCACAUGGCUCCGGGUCGUGUGCUUCCUAGACUAUACUGACUUUUUCGACUUCAACUUUACUUCCGAUAGCGAUUUGCCCGCCAAUGUGCCCAGACGGGCCAUCUGCUACGGCGAGGCGACGAGGCUGAUCCUCAUGAAGAUCACCGUUACCAAGAUUGAAGCCCCUGGACCCAACGACGGUCAAGCACUACCGGUUGUGCACUUUAGUGGCAUCUCGAGGUCGUUGGAUGACAGCUGGGACGAAAAUGCCAAUUCGGACCUGAGAGGCACCGUGAGACUUACACCCGAAGGCGAGGUUCGAUGGACAACUUUCUCGCUCUUUAGCGGCCAGGAGCGCUGGCGCAGCGAGAGCGUACAGAUUGGCGGCGUCAAGAGUGCCAAGGGCGUAUUGGGCAACUGGUUUGACAAAGACUACGACCCUCGCGGUCCAGCGGGGCCCACGGCUUUCUGGAAAAUCUCGGACAAGACGACUCAAGGUUCCGAAAAGGAACUCUUGACUGGCGAUGAUGAGGACGUGGAGCUGCCCGAUGGUGAUUACUACCCCGAAGAUGACAAUGAAGGGAUGGAAGAAGACGAAGACGACGACGAAGAUGCCAAUGAGGAUGAAGGACUAUCCAGUGAUGACGAAGAUAUGGAAAUUGAGCUCGUCAUCGGUUCCGCUGCCGAGCUUGUCGAGGUGCUGAACCGGUACACGGGCGGCAACUCAGGCGACACUUGA